AUAGGAAGUUUCUAAAACUCUCUGCGAUGGAGAUGAAGCUGCAGCUGAUCUUCACUCUCUCCACUCUGAUCUCCAUCACAGGAUCCAGUGAUCCAGUGUUCAGAGUGGUCGGAGAUUCUUUUCGGCUGGAGAUAAAUGGAUCUGCAUCAGAGUUUGAUGACUUUUUCUGGGUGUUUAACUCUACUGUUAAUGUACAAAAAUAUUAUAAAAUAUUGAAACAUAAUACACAGACCCCCCGUUAUAAAGACAGAGUGGAGUUUAAUGAGGAAACCUGCAGUCUGACCCUGAAGAACGUGCAGAAGGAUGAUAGUGGACUGUAUGAAGUAAAAGCAUCCAGUACAGAAAAGACAGCAGUUGCUAAGUAUCGACUCUCUGUGUUCGAUCCAGUGGAGGCUCCAGUUCUCUCUCUCACUGAAAGCACAGACACCUGUAACAUCACCCUCACCUGCAGAGGUCACGACCUCUCGGUCAGCCUCAGGUGUUCUUAUAGAACCUGUGAGGAGAAGGAAGUGACAUCACCUGGAGGCGUCGCCCUCUCCCUGUAUGUACGGGACAGCGUCAUCAUCUGUAACCAUAGCAACCCAGCCAGCUGGAAGCAGAAAUCUGUGGAGAUGAAAGCAUGUAGACACUUCUGUGCUGAUACAGAUGCAGUGUCGCCCCCUGCUGGAAAUUCUGCUGGUGAACCUGCUGGUAAUUCUACUGGUGAAUCUGCUGGUGAAUCUGCUGGUGAAUCUGCUGGUGUAUCUGUGUGUUUACUGACUGCUGGAAUUUAUUCCGUCAUUCUGAUCAUCCUGCUGUCUGCAGUCAUCACCGUUCACAUCCGAGAGAGACGCAACAAAUCAUCUAAACUCAGUAAUGAUUAGUGAUUUUGAUUAUUCUGUAUAAAAUCUGCUUAAACAGUUCUUCCUUUAAUUUAUCACAGAGACUGUAAAAAAGAUGGACGCCGUGUCGUUAUUCCCAUUAAUUCAAUGAAAAAUCUUCCUCCAUGUUGGCGAUCCUGAAACCCGAGUCUGUAGAGCGCAGUAGAGACCAGAGGAGGAGAAAGACUGUGGAGAGACCCGCCCACUCAUUUUAAUAACCCCGCCCCUGAGGGCUGCCUCGAGGUCACAGGCUGCAGAGCGAAGCGGAGCAGAGCUGACGGUCUGUUAUUGGUCCCGCCCAUAACCAGCCCUUUUACAAUAACCACACCUUUUUGAAUAGAGCUGAAUAACGUUUUAAAAAUGAAUUCUGUGGGGAUAUAAAAAUUGAACAAUAUAAGCAGAGGUUACACUAGCUGCUGCAUUUAAAUAAAGGAGGUAGAAUUACAGUAUAUUAGAAAAACAAAACGUGAUUGAAAGUUGUUUUGCCUGUUUUUGAAACCUAUGGGGAUGGGAGGGGUUAUACAGCUUUCUGCAACCGAACAGCAGGGGGCGCCCGACCUGUGGUGGCUUCACUUUAGAGAGACAAUGCUCUGUCCAGCUGUACACAGUCUAUGCAGACUUGUACUAUUAUACAUUACUGAGUUACUAGAAUCUCUCUUGAGACCUGUUGCUCCUGGCUCUUCCUCGGUCUCAGCUAGAGCCUUUGCAGUUUACCACUGGGCAUCAGGUCCAACCCCUCAGUUUCUGUUUUUAAAACAAGGCUAAAAAAAAAACAAUUUUUAGCACUAAGCUUUUUUUUUUAAAUCUAAUUAACAUUUUGUGUUGUUAUUAUGUAUUUGGU